AUGUUUCCAAAGAUAAACUUUUUAUUAUUAUUAUUUAUUUAUGGACAGACCCAGCCACUUUCUCUGUGUAAUGGGAAGUGUGAUUCAGGCUACAGUAAGAUUAAGAUAGAAGGAAAACUAUUUUGCUGCUAUGACUGUCUUCGAUGUCCAGAAGGGAAGAUUUCUAACAGGGAGGAUAUGGAUGAAUGUUUUCAAUGUCCAGAAGAUCGGUAUCCCAAUGAGAAGCAGGUUUUGUGUCUCCCCAAAGUUAAAACAUUCUUGAACUACAAAGAAACCCUGGGAACAGUUAUGGCUAGUUCUUCUCUUUUCUUCUCUUUAAUCACAGUUGGAGUCCUUUGGAUCUUUAUUAAGCAUCAGGACACUCCCAUUGUCAGAGCUAACAAUCGAAACCUCACAUAUGUACUCCUUGUUACUCUCCUGUUAUCAUUUCUUUGUACUUUGCUAUUCAUUGGGAAACCUCACAAGGUGACAUGUCUCCUUCGUCAAACUUCCUUUUGCAUCAUCUUCUCAGUGGCCAUUUCUUGUGUUUUGGCCAAAACCGUCAUCGUAGUUCUAGCUUUCAUGGCUACCAAGCCAGGGUCCAAGAUGACCAAAUGGUUGGGGAAAAGACUUGGCACAUUUCUAGUAUCCUGCUGCUCCUUUAUUCAAAUUAAAAUUUGUAUUAUAUGGCUGUUCAUCUCUCCCCCAUUCCCAGAUGCUGACAUGAAGUCAAUAGCAGAAGAAAUCAUUUUGGAGUGUAACGAAGGAUCUGCCUUCAUGUUCUACUGUGUCUUGGGUUAUAUGGGCUUUCUUGCCAUUGUCAGCUUCACACUGGCCUUCCUAGCAAGGAAAUUGCCUGAUGCUUUCAAUGAAGCAAAGUUUAUCACCUUCAGCAUGUUGGUCUUCUGCAGUGUUUGGUUGUCCUUUGUUCCAGCAUACCUGAGUUCAAAGGGAAAAUAUACGGUUGCUGUGGAAAUCUUCUCCAUUAUAGCUUCCAGUGCUGGAUUACUGCUUUGUAUCUUUUCUCCCAAAUUGUACAUCAUUGUGCUGAGGCCCGAUUUGAACAAAAAAGAUCAGCUCAAAAGAGAAAAGAACAGAGUACCAUAA